GCAGGUUUGUUAUUGGCAACUGAUUUCAGAAGUAAGGGGAAAAUAUAGAUUUUUUUAAAAAAAAGUUAUUACGACCACCUCUGAGGAAAUAUCACAGAAGGAGGAAGGGGAAGUUGACAAAGACCGAGGGGGUUUCACGGCAGCCAGUCCCAGCUGUGCAGCGCUCAUAAGGUGCAGCAGCUCUCUCUGUCCUCCAGAGGCGAUGCUGGAGUUGUUCAGAGAGACGAGCGAACGGUCGCUGAAUGCAGCUUCUAUCAUGCCGCUCACAGGUUUAAAAUAGGGGACAAAAGUUUUUACAUUUUGCAUUAACCUGCUGUUUUCACCCCACCGACAACAUGGAGUACUGGAGGCAGUGUGCGAUGUGGCUGAUCAGCUGCAAUGUGCUGCCUGUAAACCACCGGGUGACUGCGGACACGGCGCAGGUGUUCGACUUGGCGCAAACCCUGCGGGACGGGGUGCUCCUGUGCCAGCUGCUGAACAACCUGAGACCUCACACUAUCAAUCUAAAGGAGAUUAAUCUGAGGCCGCAGAUGUCACAGUUCCUGUGCUUGAAGAACAUCCGUACCUUCCUGACGUCUUGCUGUGAUGUGUUUGGGAUGAAGAAAAGUGACUUAUUUGAAGCCUUCGAUCUCUUUGAUGUUCGAGACUUCGGAAAGGUUAUGGACACACUAUCCAAGCUGUCUUACACAACAAUUGCACAGCAAGCAGGAUUCAAGCCGUUUCCAACAGAGGAGAGCCUAAAAGACGAAGACAUUUACAAUAAUCUGGAGGACUUGAUUGAUGAGAAUGUGCUUGAGGACGAGGACGACUUGUACGCAGCGGUCUAUGGGCUGGAAGAAGAGUAUGCAGGUGGCGAGAUUUAUGAAGACCUCAUGAGGACCGAGCAGCAUCCCCCAUUGAAGCAGGCAGAGGUAGAUGUCCGGAGCUGCUGCCUUACAGAGAUCAAACAGACGGAGGAGAAAUACACAGAGACCCUGGAGUCUAUCGAGAAGUAUUUCCUGAACCCUUUGAAGAAGUUCUUCUCUGCAGCUGAAAUUGACAAAGUUUUUGUUAACAUCCCAGACCUGGUUAAAGUUCACAAGAGCCUGAUGGCCGACUUGCAGGACUCCAUCUUGAACAAAAAUGCCUUAAAUCUCUACCAGAUUUUUAUCAGCUACAAAGAAAGACUGCUCAUUUAUGGGAUAUACUGCAGUCGGGUGGAGAUCGCCAUCGCUGUUUUAGAUCUUAUUUGCAAAGAGAAAGAGGAUGUUCGCCUGAAACUGGAGGAGUGUUCCAAAAGGGCCAACAAUGGGAAGUUUACACUGAGGGACCUGCUGGUUGUUCCGAUGCAGAGAGUCCUCAAGUACCAUCUCCUUCUUCAGGAGCUAGUCAAACACACUCAUGAUGCUGCUGACAAGAACAACUUGAAGAUUGCUCUUGAUGCCAUGAAAGAUCUGGCUCAGUAUGUCAACGAGGUGAAGAGAGAUAAUGAGACUCUAAGGGAGAUCGACCAAUACCAGAGGUCUAUUGAGAACCUGAAUCAGCCUCUGAGGACCUUUGGUCGGCCCAAAGGAGACGGAGAGGUGCGCAUGAUCUCCAGUGUUGACAAGAGGAAACAAGACAGACACAUCUUUUUAUUUGAUGUGGCUGUCAUUGUUUGCAAGAGACGAGGAGACAACUAUGAGAUGAAGGACAUACUCGACCUCAACUACUUCAAGAUCACCAACAACCCCACUUCUGACAGAGAGGGUAAAAAGUGGUGCUACGGGUUCUACGUGACUCACCAGCAGGGGUACACAGGCUUUGAACUCUUCUUUAAGACCAGAGAGCUGAAGAAGAAGUGGCUGGAUCAGUUUGAAAUGGCCAUAUCAAAUAUCAGACCAGAGAAAGCCAACCACAACUCCCACCAGUUCAAGAUGCACACAUUUGAUAGGAUCACUUCCUGUAGCUUCUGUCACCUCUUGCUCAGGGGCAUCUUUAACCAGGGUUAUCUCUGUCUAAAAUGUGGGCUGGGGGCUCAUAAGGAGUGUUUGGGUCGACUGGGCGUGUGUGGGAGAACAGAUUCUGCCAAGUCGAGACCCAAGGAAAGCACAGCACUACCAGACCCAGGUUUACCCAGGAUGGUUGUGAUCAGAGACUACAGUGGCAUCCCCUAUCCCCAGUGCGGGCCCCCACUAAGCAUUCAUGCAGGGGAUGUCAUUGAACUGAUGUUUGCCGACCUGCACAGCUCCUGGUGGCAGGGCAAAAUUCUGGCGACAAGCAAGACUGGCUUCUUUCCAAGUGAUGCUGUGAGGCCUUGCCCAUGUGUUCCAAAACCUGUCGAUUACUCAGCCCAGCUCUGGUUUGCAGGGCCUAUGGAGAGAUACCAGGCUGAGGUGGAACUCCUGGACCGAGGAAACAGCACCUAUCUGGUUCGACACAGAAGUAAAGAAUGUACUGAGUACGCUAUCAGUAUAAAGUUCAACGAUAAAAUCAAGCACAUUAAGAUUCUGACCAAGGAUGGCUGCUUUUACAUCGCUGAGAGCCGGCUGUUCAAGACUGUGCUGGACUUAGUGGAGUACUACAAGCAGCACUCUCUGAAGGAGGGUUUCAGCAGCCUUGACACCACUCUGCAGGUCCCCUAUAGGGAACUGUCCAAUGGAAACAUACCCAGGGCCAUUACCAAGGCUGGCAGUGUGUUCUCUCCCAGGGUGGUGGGUGUUGCAGUGGCACGCUAUGACUUCUGCUCCAGAGACACACGGGAGCUCUCACUGCUGCAGGGAGACAUUAUCAAGAUCUACACCAAGAUGUCCAGUGGAUGGUGGAAAGGAGAGGUCAACGGCAGGGUGGGCUGGUUUCCCUCUACCUAUGUGGAAGAGGAGGACUGACUUUGCUGGUUGAGUGACAUGUUUUCAGCAUCCAUUCAAAGCUGACCACCUCCUCUGAGCGCCAUGCUGCUCAUCCACUCUCUGUGCCCCGCAAGUCAGAUCUCUUUGAUAAAACCCAGAGACUCGCACUUAAGAGGAAGCGGUGGUGCCCUCAAAAGCCUUCUCUUGCCCUCUGACAGACUCUCACACAGAGCAGAUGUCAAAUCACAGAUUCCAGGAGCGUCAUGCCAUAUCUCGCCUCUCUGUGGUCCUGUCUGCCCCCAUGGCCCACUGGGAAGUGCAUGUGUUGUACCCAGAUAACCCUCCCCAUCCCUACCCACUCACCUUGUCUUAUUAUUGAUGACUCCAUCGGCUGGUGUGAGACUUGCCUUCACUGUCAUCAUGUUUCGAUACCAGGAAGGCUCAGUCACCCAACUGGAACACAGAUCCUGCUGACAGUGCACCGCCUAGGUACUUCACCAAAUUGAAAUGCAGGAGCUGAGGAGCUUUGGCUGUCGUUGGAACACUAUAGCCUUCUUGGCUGUUCAGACCUUUGUGUUCAACUUUCUGUCAAAGACUCAUUUUAAUUUUAAAAUUUGAAAUCGCUGGACUGAUAUAAAGCAUAUGAUAUUUAAAUGCAGUCGCUGAAACGCGAUUUGACACUCUUUGAAGAAAGGAUGGAAAGACAUCAGCACCACAGCAUGAAGGCGUGAUCUGUCAUUCACAUGUGAUGUAUUUGCAGUCUUGACUAUUAGUCUUGUGGAGCUAGAAGUGAAAACAGGAAACAAACAGGAAAACAUAUCUGGAGACAAAAAGAAGCUUUUGCUCCUACUCUAAUUUCUUUUUCAUCACUUUGUUUAUUUGAAUCUCAACCUCAUCUUUAAGUACUGCCUUCAUGAGAUUGGUGUCAAAAACUCUUUUACUCUUUAAUUGUUACCACCCUAUUUUAAAGCAAUAGUUUGUCUUUUUGGGUAAUACACUGAAAAGGUGCUGGCAGGUGGAUUUUACUAAUCCACUAAUCCAUAUUCAGGCUAACCUUUUGCCCCUGUUUCCAGUCAUGCUAAGCUAAGCAAAACAUCUUCUGGCUGUAGCUUCAUAUAUAGCAGACAGAUGUGGUAUCAGUGAAUAAGUGUGUUUUCCCAAGAUUUCAAAAUAUUCCCUUAGACCAAAACCAACCACAAUUACAACUGACCUUGCUUUGAUGAUGUUCCCAUUUAAUGGCACUAAAGGAAAAAAAAGCUCACUUCUUAUGUUAGACGUAAGAUAUGUUAAGUCAUCAAAGAGAAAAAAAAUCUGCACAAAAGGAAUUACAAAGCCAAAUAAGUUUUAAAAGAGCAUGUGUGAGGUAGAUGGUGUAACUGGAGGUAUAGGUCUAUACUUCACCGUGAGCUUCGUCAUCAUUUGAUCAUUUACCACAGAAACCAGAAAGCCCUUUUACAUUCCACAGAUUUUGUGUUUACCUCAACUCUUUUUGGUUUCAGAAUGAAUGAUUCAAGGGUGAUGUAACAGCUGUUCACUGUAGUGCAAGGUAGCACAAGGGCGUUAAGUGAUACUGUUUUCCUUCAAACGUUAACACCCCACUAACCAUGUGUGUGACAUCAAUAUUUAAUAAAAGCAUACUCUUUGAGUUGUACUUUUGAAAUUUGAUAGGCUAGUGUUCCCUUUUCAGACAAAUGUAGACAGACAUUGCAGGAACAAAGGCUGUGCAGUUGCAUCACAAAUCACACCCAUGUCUGACACAGUUGUGGAAGUGUGGUGGCGAACUGGCUGUGCUCAAAUAAUGGCUAAACAAACAGAACAGAGAGGAGAAACACGUGAAAACAGUUGUGGUGGGUAGAAGAACAUGCAAGUGUAAUGAAGGUCUUUUCUUUUCUGUCUAAAUAUACAGCACUGAACAAGGAAACUAUUUUGGAUCCCUUUCAUUUUCAACAUGCAAGCUUCUUUUUGCAACAGGAAAACAUUCCUCUUACAUUAGUUUUGACACAUUUCACUAAUUAAAAAAAAAAAAAAAAAAAAAAAACUUACCUGUGAUCCAUGCAUGAGCGCGUUGGAGCCCUCCAGGACUCCCAAUUUUGUCUCUAUUUUGCAGGUGGCAGUCAUUUAUGAAAUAUGCCACUGCCUUGUUCAUGAAUUGUCCAUUUGUGGUGGGCCAAGUCAGUAAUCAGAGUCAAGUUUUAUCUACAGUUUUAGCUGCUAGAGUGUAGAAUCCAAAAUGCUGCACACAUGCUCACAUUAAUUCUCCGAUGGUAUGGUGUCAUGAUUAUCUGUUUAUCACAGUUCACUAAUUUUGUUUACUGUACAAUUUACUGUAAAACACCAUACUGCUCAGUGUCCUCAGUGACUACUCUUUUUCAUUUUGCAGCAAGUUUUUAAUCUCUAAAACUGCCACAGCUGACUACUUACAGUUAUCUACCUAAAAACUUUAGCAGAAAGGAGCUAUCACAGAAAGAAAGCUAACAUUAAGUGGUAGUUAAAACUGCUGUUAAAAAAAAAACAAACAUUUUAUUGGCUGUACAGUAAUGACUAUUUAAUUGAAACCAAUUUAUACCUCAUGGCAGAGUGGUAAAAAAAACAGACAAGGUGCUCCCACAGGGAGACUCCAGAGGGACUUUUAUAAUGAGCAUUUCAAGGUUCACGUGAUUAUUUCCAGUUCUGGGGUUUUAUUAUGAUAUUUCCAAAAUAAAUAAUAUUAAUUUUAGUCUUUGA